CAAAACAAAAAUGCAACAAAUUCAAAUCAGAACUUUCAGCCCCUCAAAAUCAACAAUUAUGACCCAUUUCUUCCUCUGCAUAUUUACCUCACCUUCCCCACUUUUCAACAUUUGUCAGCUUUCCCAUCAGCGUCAGAAGCCAUAAAUUAUUUCAAAGAGCCCAAAUUAAACCUGCUAUCACUGUUUAAAACUUGUGUCCUCCAUACAUUUGUGCGGGACUUUCUGUUGGACUCGUUGUGGGUAACGAAAUAAAACCUCCCUGCCCUGAACUCCGAAUGAUCUUGUCAUGCAAAUAAAUCUCCUGAUUACUGUAUAAACAGAUGUUCAUUUCCACAGCUCCCAGUCCACAAUGAGGGGCUUCAGACCGAGUGUACACAGCAGCAGAUUGAGUUAAAGUCUCCACGUGAGAGACGUUGGAUCGUCCCCAGACUCUGACAUCGUGAUCGUCCUUGUCGGAUUAAGCAACUCAAUCGGACUGAGUGGGAAAGAAGAGGGAGACCGAGUGGACGAGAAGAAAGAGAACUCUGUUGGGGGGGAGGCGGGGGGAUGGGAGGCAGCUCCACCCAUAAUUAAGUUACCCCUGCUGUCCUGAGGGUCCGUGUUUAUGGCACAGAGGAGGGAGUUUCCUUCACUCUGUGGACAAUCAGAGCAGAGGAGCGAGUUCUGAAACUCUCCUCCGGCUCUGGCUCUUCCUGCGGCUCAUCGCCCCUCACUCCGCCGCGACUGACUGACCCGCAGCACCGGCAGCCUGAAGGAGAGGUGGAGGGAAGAAGAAGAAGGAGCAGUUUGUAGUGGCACCUGCCCAAGCCUCCAUCCCCGGUUCCUCUGCUGCAUUGGCUGCCACCAUGUGCGACUGUUUCCACCUGGCGUUCCCCAACUGGCACGCUGCCCCCUCUGGGACGGCAGGGAGAAGACUGCGAGCGCCAGAACCUGCCACACAGGACGAUUCAAUAUGUGAGGAGCCGACUCAGUUUGCAGAGGGGGAGAGACCCCGGCCACAAGGAUCGUCUCCGGUCCAGGAGUAUCCUGAGGCGGCAAAAUACGCUGACAAAGAGUGCGAAGAACAUGAUGCAGACCACAAAGCUGGGAGUGGACACAAAGGUAAAAAGUCUGGCCUCGGCUCCAUCUUCGAGAGGACCUCCACUCCAAAAAUGAGUAAAUUAAAGGAAGCUCCCAGUCCUGAAGGUGGCGUUAUAGUGAACACAGCCCAAGAUGGAUGUGCAGAGGGUCUGGUUUAUGGCGGAGGAGGGAAAGAGGGGAUCUUCAUCAAGAAAGUAGUUCCAGAGUCACCAGCUUCAAAAAGCUUAAAAGUCAAAGAAGGAGAUCAGAUUCUGAGCGCCACAGUGUAUUUUGACAACAUGUCAUAUGAGGACGCCAUUCAGAUUCUGGAGCAUGCUCAGGCUUACAAGUUGAAGCUUUGCCUGAAACGCCAACCGGACUUCACAGAGACGGAACCAACCAUCGAUUCAGACGUUAUUCCUGAGGAAGAAGUCGGUUCCACAGAGAUGAGGGAGCAAGGAAAAACCAGAAGGCGUGGCGACGCUCGCAUCUCGUGGCCAAAGUUUCCCUCCUUUGGAAAAGGACGUAAAUCUCGUUUCACAAGGUCUCACAGUUCGUCAGAAGCAGAUGAGCAAAGAAAACUUGAGCUUAGUCCUACGACAAGUGACACAGAGUCACCUAUAAAAUCUCAGGAUGCCCUGAAAGGAAAGAAGAAGCAUAAAAUAAAGCUCUCUGGCCUAAAGAGGAGAGGCCGCAUAAGUUCAUCUGAAGACCAGGACACGGAUGCGCCAACAUCUGGGCAGAUGAGUAGCGACGUUCAGCAGAAGCAGGAAUCAGACACUCUUUCACCCGAGUUCCCUGAAUACCCCAUAGCAGAAACACCAGAGAUCAAUGAACAGGCAGGAGAAGCUAUGGAGUCUGACCCGGUUCAACACAAGGUGGAGCUCGUCAGUGUAGACGCUACUUUGAAAACCACAGAUCAAACCGUAGCGCUGGGCGAUGAGGAAGGCCAGUCUGGAGUUCCAAAAUCCCCAGAUGAGAAAAAAAAGAAGAAAGAGAGGUCAGAAUUAAAAAUGAAGAUCCUAGGGAAGGAUAAAUCUCACAAAAAAGACGCCAAAGCAAAAUCCUCUCCCAAAAGGCUUAAGACUCUCGGAGCAAGUGUUGACACAGAAGAUCUUCCCGAAGCAGGAAAAUCUGCUGCUAUCUCAAGCUCUGAGUCAAAAACUAGAUUGAUGGGAGAUCAGUCUACGGUCGGCAUAGAUAACAAAAGCCAAGGUGAAGAGAGUUCAAAGCUAAUCUCAUCCAAAUUCAUUACAUCGCAGAUAAUUUUACCAAAGGUGGAACUUGACAUAUCAUUGAGAAAAUCUCCCAAGAAAGGUGAUGACAAAACACAGAAAGGAAAGGAGACGAAACAGAAGCAAUCCAAAAAGUCCAGUCCAAAACAUAAGCAACUUGAAUUAGACAUGAGCAAUGUUGCUAAUGCAGAAGAAAUGCAAACAGUGAACGAUCAAGAACCCACAACUACAACUGGCCGCGUUUCCACAACCCAACUUCCCAAACGUGAAGACAUCGAGAUUCCAGGAAUGGAGGACAUGUCUGUGAAAACCACCGUGGCUGAUUAUAAAAAGCGCAACAAAGAAAGCCAGGCUGAAACAGUGCAAAUGUCAAUUGAUGUUGAUAGUGUGAAAGAAGCUGUUUCUAAAUUACCUGGAUUUAAGCUGCCUCAGCUGGAUAUAUCUGGGGUGCCUAUCCCAGAAGAAAUAACUGUCAUAGAUGCUAACGCACAAAGAAUAUCUGUAAAAACGCCCACCAAAGUCGCAAAACCAAAACAAGAAGAGCAUCUGCCAAGGUCUGACACAACGGCAUCUUCAGAAAUCUCCAAAACGAUCUUUUUAACUGACAACAAGUUUGAUUUUAAGAAAUCUCAAAUGGAAGACGAUACCAGCCCACCAAAGUGCAAAAGUGAAGAGGAAGCUAAAGAAAAAGAAUUUGAUACAACAAACGGAAAAGCAGCAACAAAAGAAGAGCUGAAGACAUCCACUAGGUCAAAGAUAACAAUGCCAAGCUUUGGGAUGUCGGCAAAAAGCAGAAGGCUGCCUUAUAUUGGGAUUGACAUGCAGAAACCAAGCUUCAUUCAGGAAAAAGAGCUAACAACAGAAACAAGGAAAGAUGAAAGACAAACUGGAGAAGUCAUAUGUAAAGUCAAAAUACCUGAACUUGAUGGUAUUGAGUACAUAGACUCAACGGACGAGUCAGUCAAAAAGGAUGGUGUCUUGACAAGUUUUAAUGUAAGUACUGACACAAAGACAAUACUUGCCAUUUCUUUAGAAAGUAAAGAAGCAUCUGAUAAACCCGAAGAUGAAAGGAAUAAGCUUUCCAAAGUUAGAAUAUCUCCUUCGGGCAAACCCAGUGGAAAAGAGGAUAUCUCUGACGAAGGGACGACAAAACCUCUAGACAGAGAUGGAAAGAGUACAUUUAAAUGGCCAAACCUGGACAUCUCAGUGCCAAAAAUAAAAGGAACAACAGUUGAUAUUAACACAUCUAAGAAAGACGCAGCUCACACAGUAGCACUGGCUGAAGGAGGGCAAAUACCAGGAGGCCCAGAGAGCGAUACAGUCCUCAAGAGCUUAGAUGUUCCUAAAGAAAUGGCAGAGGCAGAAAACCCUCAAGUGGAAAUAAAGCCAACUGAAACUGAAGGCGAGUUUGAUUGGGAAGCAAGCAAAUGUACAAAGUUUGGAAUUAAAACGCCAAAAAUCAAAGGCCCAGAAUUUGACUUGAGUUUGUCAAAGAAAGAGGCACAUGGCAAAGCUGCAGGUAAACUCCCAGAAGCAUCUAAAGCAGAAGUUACUCCUGGGAAGGGAAAUGUAUAUUUUCUAAAGCAAAAGAUGCAGUUAGAGAAACAUGGAGAAGUUAAACCUUUGCAGUCCAAGGGUGAACACGUACAAGGAGGCAAAAUCAAAAUCCCAAAGUUUGGAGUCAAAACAACAAAAUUAGCAGGUCCUGAGAUAAGCUUGUCAAAGAAAGAUGCAGAGGUUACCCUGCCAGAGGCUAAACUUGAGAUCAAACUCACUGAAGGUACAGGAACAGAUGUGAACAAAGAUAGUGUUAGGUCAGAAGAACAGAAAAGAAUGGAAAAGUCUGAUGUGAAAAUCAAAACACUGCAGAAGGAAGGUGAAGCGAAAGGACACGGACACAAGAUCAAAAUGCCCCAGUUGGGAAUUGCACUGCCAAAAGUUACAACGCAUGAGUCAGAUUUAAGCCUAUCGAAGAAAGGUAAAGAUCUGACACUGCCUGAAGUUAAAGGAGAAAUCAAAGAUCUUGAGAUUGAAGGAACUGGAUCACCAACAAAACUAGAUGUUAGAGCUCCUGGAAUUAAAGUUGAAACAAAGGAUGUUGAAGGAUCGUUGUCAAAAUUCAAAAUGUCCCCUUUUAAAAUUUCCAGAUUUGGAGCUGCUACUCCAAACCUCAGUGGUGAGGUAAGUGAAGCUUCUGAAACACACACAUUGGAAUAUGGGCCUGGUACUGAUGUUACCAUACCAGACAGUGAUGUAAAAAUUAAAGCAUCUGAAAUUGAUGGGAGAGCAAGUAAGUUCAAAAUUCCAAAAUUUGGAAUAUCACUCCCGAAACUAAAAGGUUCUGAAACGGAUACAACCCAAUCCCAAAAGGUUAAUGUAGAUGUCACAUUGUUUAAAGGUGACACUGAAAUAAAACUCACUGAUGCUGAGCAUGAAGAACCUGGUAUCAGGCUGAAGGGCAAAUUUCCCCAGAUUGGAGUUCAGCAAGAUGUUGAGUACUCAGCACCAAAACCUGAAAUACCAGUACCAUUUUCUGAUGCUAAAGCAGAAGUCAAGCUGUUGCAAGUUGAUGGAGAAAAAAUCAACUUUUCAUCUCCUGUGGUCCUUAAUGAGACACCAGAGCUGGAGAUCCCGACCACGAAGGCUGAGCAUCACCUUGACGGACAAGAAGAAAAGAUGAAGCGGUCAAAGAUUGGAAUAAAAAUGCCCAAAAUUAAAGGACCAGAAUUUCAACUUGGACUCUCAAGUAAAGACACAGAUGUCAUGGACGCAGAAGGCAAAGUGGACAAUAAAACUAAGGUAGAAGUCCCAGUUCCUACAGAUGUUAGUCUGGGAAAAGCAGAAAUCUUGAUAUCUUCUGGAAAAGUGGAAGUUGGAAAACCAGAAGUGCAAACUCAACCUACAGUUGAAGGACAAGGAGGCAAGUUCAAAAUGCCAAAGUUUGGAAUCACAAUGCCAAAAGUCAAAGGACCUGAAGCAAAGAAGGAGGUAAAGGUGAAACUUACUGAGACCAAGACUGACAUAAAAAUACCUGAUGCUAAUUUUGAGGCACCAGAUGUGGAACAGUCACCAUCAAAAUUUAAUAUGCCAACUUUUAAAUUACCAAAAUUAGGACUGGGCACUUCAGACAAAAAUGCAGAAGGAGAUGACAUUGAUAAGAACAUUCCUGAUGAGGUUCUUGCAGUUACCAUUGUUGCACCUAGCUCUGACCACUCAAAUAUUGAUGUCGAUACACAUCUUUUUGAAAGCAAAACUGAAGUUGCACUUUCGAGUGAUGAUGUGAACAAAUACUCCAUUGAAGUGGAAGCUACAGCUCCACAAAUCAAAGUGCCAAAAAAAGAAAAAGAAGGGUCACCGUCCAAGUUUAAGAUGCCGACAUUCAAGUUACCAAAAUUUGGGCUUUCUGUUCAAAGUUCUACUGAAAAAGAGCCUCCCCUGGACAAAGAUCUCAAAACAGGAGAAGGUCAAAUUACAACUUCUGGAGAGAUUCUUUCAACAAGUCUAGAAGCGCCAAGAAUUGACGUUAAGGCUCCAUCAGUAGCUUUAAAAACUACAGGAACUGAGAGUGAAGGAAGAGGAAGAAAGUUUAAACUGCCAAGUCUUGGUUUUUCGGCAUCGCAAACCAAAGGUCCAGAUACUGACAUUAGCUUACCAACAACAGAAGUUGAUGUUACAGCACCAGAAGUCAAAGCAGAAAUCCAACUCCCUGAAGAAAAGUUUAACAAAUCUUUCGAAGUGGAAGCUAAAGCUCCAGAAUUUAAAGGUACAAGAAAGGAAACAGAAGGGUCACCAUCCAAGUUUAAGAUGCCGACAUUCAAGAUGCCAAAAUUUGGGCUUUCUGGUCAGAGUUCCACAGCAGAAGUCCCUCCUUUGGACAAAAACCUCAAAACAGGAGAAGGUGAAAUUACCACUUCUGGAGAGAUUCUCGUAGGAAGUCUAGAAGCGCCAAGAAUUGACGUUAAGGCUCCAUCGGUAGCUUUAGAAACUACAGGAACUGAGAGUGAAGGAAGUGGAAGAAAGUUUAAACUGCCAAGUCUUGGUUUUUCGGCAUCGCAAACCAAAGGUCCUGAUACUGACAUUAUCUUACGAACAACAGAAGUUGACAUUAGCUUACCAACAACAGAAGUUGAUGUAACAGCACCAGAAGUGAAAGCAGAAAUCCAACUCCCUGAAGAAAAGUUUAACAAAUCUUUUGAAGUGGAAUCUAAAGCUCCAGAAUUUAAAGGUACAAGAAAGGAAACAGAAGGGUCACCAUCCAAGUUUAAGAUGCCGACAUUCAAGAUGCCAAAAUUUGGGCUUUCUGGUCAGAGUUCCACAGCAGAAGUCCCUCCUUUGGACAAAGAUCUCAAAACAGGAGAAGGUGAAAUUACCACUUCUGGAGAGAUUCUCGUAGGAAGUCUAGAAGCGCCAAGAAUUGACGUUAAGGCUCCAUCGGUAGCUUUAGAAACUACAGGAACUGAGAGUGAAGAAAGUAGAAGAAAGUUUAAACUGCCAAGUCUUGGUUUUUCGGCAUCGCAAACCAAAGGUCCUGAUACUGACAUUAUCUUACGAACAACAGAUGUUGACAUUAGCUUACCAACAACAGAAGUUGAUGUAACAGCACCAGAAGUCAAAGCAGAAAUCCAACUCCCUGAAGAAACGUUUAACAAAUCCUUUGAAGUGGAAGCUAAAGCUCCAGAAUUUAAAGGUACAAGAAAGGAAACAGAAGGGUCACCAUCCAAGUUUAAGAUGCCGACAUUCAAGAUGCCAAAAUUUGGGCUUUCUGGUCAGAGUUCCACAGCAGAACUGCCUUCAUUGGACAAAGACCUCAAAACAGGAGAAGGUGAAAUUACCACUUCUGGAGAGAUUCUCGUAGGAAGUCUAGAAGCGCCAAGAAUUGACGUUAAGGCUCCAUCGGUAGCUUUAAAAACUACAGGAACUGAGAGUGAAGGAAGAGGAAGAAAGUUUAAACUGCCAAGUCUUGGUUUUUCGGCAUCGCAAACCAAAGGUCCUGAUACUGACAUUAUCUUACGAACAACAGAUGUUGACAUUAGCUUACCAACAACAGAAGUUGAUGUAACAGCACCAGAAAUCAAAGCAGAAAUCCAACUCCCUGAAGAAAAGUUUAACAAAUCCUUUGAAGUGGAAGCUAAAGCUCCAGAAUUUAAAGGUACAAGAAAGGAAACAGAAGGGUCACCAUCCAAGUUUAAGAUGCCGACAUUCAACAUGCCAAGAUUUGGGCUUUCUGGUCAGAGUUCCACAGCAGAAAUGCCUUCAUUGGACAAAGACCUCAAAACAGGAGAAGGUGAAAUUACCACUUCUGGAGAGAUUCUCGUAGGAAGUCUAGAAGCGCCAAGAAUUGACGUUAAGGCUCCAUCAGUAGCGUUAGAAACUACAGGAACUGAGAGUGAAGGAAGAGGAAGAAAGUUUAAACUGCCAAGUCUUGGUUUUUCGGCAUCGCAAACCAAAGGUCCUGAUACUGACAUUAGCUUACCAACAACAGAUGUUGACAUUAGCUUACCAGCAACAGAUGUACAUGUUACAGCACCAGAAGUCAAAGCAGAAAUCCAAAUCCCUGAAGAAAAGUUUAACAAAUCCUUUGAAGUGGAAGCUAAGGCCCCAGAAUUCAAAGGUACAAGAAAGGAAACAGAAGGGUCACCAUCCAAGUUUAAGAUGCCGACAUUCAAGAUGCCAAGAUUUGGGCUUUCUGGUCAGAGUUCCACAGCAGAACUGCCUUCAUUGGACAAAGACCUCAAAACAGGAGAAGGUGAAAUUACCACUUCUGGAGAGAUUCUCGUAGGAAGUCUAGAAGCGCCAAGAAUUGACGUUAAGGCUCCAUCAGUAGCGUUAGAAACUACAGGAACUGAGAGUGAAGGAAAAGGAAGAAAGUUUAAACUGCCAAGUCUUGGUUUUUCGGCAUCGCAAACCAAAGGUCCUGAUACUGACAUUAGCUUACCAACAACAGAUGUUGACAUUAGCUUACCAGCAACAGAUGUACAUGUUACAGCACCAGAAGUCAAAGCAGAAAUCCAACUCCCUGAAGAAAAGUUUAACAAAUCCUUUGAAGCGGAAGCUAAGGCCCCAGAAUUCAAAGGUACAAGAAAGGAAACAGAAGGGUCACCAUCCAAGUUUAAGAUGCCGACAUUCAAGAUGCCAAGAUUUGGGCUUUCUGGUCAGAGUUCCACAGCAGAAGUGCCUCCUUUGGACAAAGAUCUCAAGAUACCUGGAGGAGAAAUGACAAUGUCAGAGGAGGUCAUUGUAGUUAGCACAGAAGAACCAAGUGUUGAAAUUGGGGAUUUAUCCAUAGAGUCAAAAAAAGAGGGAAGUGAACGUGAGGGGAAAGGAAAAAGGUUUAAGAUGCCAAGUCUUGGAUUUUCUGCUACACAGGCCAAAGUGCCAGACACAGAUUUUAGCUUGAAGACAGGUGUAGAUGUUACACAACCAGAAAUCAAAGCUGAAGUCAAAUUUCCUGACAAUGAACUGAAAAGAAUUGAAACAGAAAUAGAAACUAAAGCACCUGAAUUUCAAGUCGAAGCAAAGGACAUUGAAGGAUCAACUUCCAAGUUUAAAAUGCCAACUUUUAAAUUACCCAAAUUUGGGCUUGCCACUCAAAGUUCCACUGAAGAAGUACCCUCUUUUGACAAAGAUGUCAAAAUCGGUGGAGGUGAAACCACAGGCUUAGAGGAGGUACUUACAGUUACCACAGAAGGACCAAGCGUUGAAAUUAAGGGGACAUCAGUAGAUUUAAGGACUGAAGGAAGUGAUCUUGAAGGAAAAGGAAGGAAGUUCAAACUGCCAAGUCUGAGUUUUUCAGUACCUCAAGCCAAAGAGCCAGAGACUGAUUUGAGCUUAAGGACAGAUGUAGAUGUUAAAGUACCAGAGGUAAAAGCUGAAAUCAAACUUCCAAACAACAAAUCUGUUGAAGUGGAAACUAAAGCACUUGAAACCAAAGAUACAAAAAAGUCUACAGAAGGAUCACCCUCAAAGUUUAAAAUGCCAAAUUUCAAGUUACCAAAAUUUGGGCUUGCUACUCAAACUUCCACUGGAGAAGUACCUCCAUUAGACGAAGAUGUAAAACCAGUUAAAGGUAAACUCCCAACUUCAGAAGAGAUUAUUGUAGUUACUACAGAAGCACCAACCAUUGAAAUAAAGGGUCCAUUAUUAGAGCUAAAAACUGAAGGAAUUGAUGGUGAAGAAAAAGGAAAAAAGUUUAAGUUGCCAAGUCUAGGUUUUUCUGCGUCAGAGGCCAAAGGGACUGGCAGUGAUUUAGGGUUGUCAAAGACAGAAGUAGAUGUUACAUUGCCAGAAGUAAAAGCUGAAGUAAAACUCCCUGGUGACGAGAACCUGAUAAAAACAUCUACUGCAAUAGAGAUUAAAGGACCUGAAAUCAAAACAGUGACCAAGGACACUGAUGGUUCACCAUCCAAGUUUAAAAUGCCUGCAUUCAAGUUACCAAAAUUUUGGCUUACUACUCAAAGCUCUACGGAAGAAGGUUCUCCUUUGGAGAAAGAUGAGGAAGAUGGUGAACCUAAAAACACUGCAAUAGAAACUAAGACGCCUGAAAUAACGGUUGUGUCAAAGGACACUGAUGGAUCGCCAUCCAAAUUUAAAAUGCCAACAUUCAAGUUGCCAAAAUUUGGCCUUGCUACCCAAAGUUCAAACAAACAAGUACAAGAUGUCAAAACAGUGAGAGGUGAAAGUACUACUUUGGAGGAAGUUCUCACAGUUACAACAGAAGAACCAAGCAUUAAAAUUAAGGGUCCAUCUGUGGAUCUAAGGAGUUCAGAAAUUGAUGAUGAAAGAAAAGGAAGUAAAUUUAAACUUCCAAGUCUUGGUUUUUCAUUAUCACAAUCCAAAGGACCGGAUACCAACAUCAGCUUACCCAAGGCAGAUGUAGAUGUCACAGCACCAGAAGUCAAAGCUGAAGUUCAAUUUUCCAGUGCAAAAGUGGAACAACCUUCAGUGCAAAUGGACGUUAAGUCUCCAGAGAUCAAAGCUGAUAUCAACACUACAUCAGAAGUUAAAAUGCCUAAAAUUACAUUACCUAAAUUUGGAGCCGUAACCCCACAUGUCAGUAUGGAAAUACCUAAAAUGACCAAAGAGAAAAGGGGUGAUGUGGACCUUCAUGUUGAUACUGAUCCAGUAGAUUUGAAUGUUAAAGAAGGGGAACUAAAGAAAUACGAAGUCCAGUCACCAAGUGCUGAGGCAAAAGGUGAAGAUGUACCUACAGUUGAACUUGAAGGUAAAGUAAAACGACUAAAUUGGACUUUUCCUAACAUCUCAUUUUCAAGAACUGGUGGUAAAGCCCCUGACGUCGAUGUCAACAUGGAAGCUCCUAAAGCUGGUGUUACGUCAAUGGAGACCAAAAUCUCAGAUGUUGACAUUAAAGAAUCUUCUGCAGUAGAAGCAACCCCAGCUCCAGAACUCGACCCAGGCUUAAAGAAAAGUAAGUUUUCCCUUCCCAAGUUUUCAUUUUCAAACCCGAGCUUGAAAGAGCAUGAAGUAAAAGCUGAGCUUCCAGAUCACGGAAUAGAAGUUGAAAAUUAUGAAACCGAUAUGACAACAGAGAUCAAACUCUCUGCAGAUGAAGGCAAAAACGUCCUGACUGCUUUUGAAAUGACAACUUCUGAGGCUGAAGUCAAGUCCAAAAAAUUUAAAAUGCCAACUCUGAAAAUGCCAAGAUUUGGCAGUGUGUCUUAUGAGGUAACAACAGAGACGCACAUCUCCGAUAAAACAGCUGAAGAUGAUGGAAGUCAGUUGGGAGAGGGUGCUGCUGUUAUCAUCAAAGGUCCAAAGACUGAUUUUAAAUCAGAUGCCUGCAAAUCAGAACAACAGGAUCAAGAAACCCUAAACACAGAAAGUGAUAGUGUGGUUCAAGGAUCUCCAAGUAAAUUCAAACUACCUACCUUUAAAAUGCCACUGAUGGGUCUUUCAAGAUCCAAACUUGAAGAUGAAUCCGUUCACUUUGAGUAUGAAAAUAGUGAAGAUCAACUGGAAAUGAAGACUGCGCCAAAAGAAGAAGAUCUAUCACAAAAACUGACUUUAACAUCAUUUGGUGACAUUCUUAAGUCGAUUGAUGUUGACUUUGAUGUUCGAAAAGUGGACAAAGUUGAUCAAGACAUUGAAACCUCAAAGCAAUCUCAUGAACCAGGUGAAGCCACCACAAAGCACACAUCGGCAAAAACCAAGCACGAUACCACCAAAAGUCCGGAGAGCUCGAGCUGGUUUAAAUUCCCAAAGUUUGGCCUGUCGUCCCCAACAGAACAACAAAAGAUUCCUGACAAAGCAGAACAAGUAAAAGAUAGCAGCCCAGUAGGGGAAACCAAGGACGAGGAAGUAAGUCCCACCCUUUCUGUCCAGUCAUCAGAUGCUUUUGCUGAUGUAAGCUCUACGAUCACAAGUGAGCCUGUUGACCCAUUCAUACCUUCCCCAACCAAGGUGACGGUCAAAUACUCUGACGAAAGCGCAGGUGCUGGAUUUGAAGAGAUGCACAGUGACAUCAUGACUUCCACCACGAGGACUGAGCUGAUCACAGAUGUGCCUACCUUCCCGGAGAAGGUCACUAUUUUGUCUUCUGGUGUUUCAUCUUCUUCUGAAGAUACAGUAAGACUAACGUCAGGAAAAAUACACAUCAUUACAUCAAACGUACAGCCUACUCCUGAGUCACAGCAUGCCAAGAUUCUGUCUGCUGUCCAAGUAAAAUCAGGGGAAGGCUUUGCUUUACAGUCGGAGGGAGAUGACGCUCCAUUGUGGAUGGUCCAAGAUGCUCGAAGUGCCACAAGGACAGUCAAACACUUAGUCCAAGAAACAACAACUGAAAGAAAUGAGAACAAGGAGACUGUGGUUAUAACCAAACAAAUCACCCAUAUAUUUGGCCCCACAGAGCCCAUCUCAGGGGAGACAGCGUCAUCUAUUCAACGUCUCAAAGACUCUGUGCACACUGAGAAAAUGAGGUUCUUUGAUGAGGCUGAGAAGUGAAAAAAGAAUUUGAAUUAGUGCUUAAAGAUACAACUCCUUGUUAUGGUUCGCCAUAAAAGAAGGGCAUAGAGUUCCACCGCCUGAAGUUAAAAACAAAAUGGCAACUGGAUGAGGGACCAAUCUAACAUACCAAUCACUGAAAGUUCUUUGUUAGCAUCCAGGUAUCAUCAUGGCAAUGUGAUGUAGAGUUGCAUGCUUAUUGAGCUUUAUAGAAAUGCACCGCUGUAGCAAAUGACUGUUACAUUUAUAUUGUGGUCAAGAUGUUAAUAAGCUGGUUAAAUGAUUCUCCUCAUUGCAUAAUAUAUGUUUGCUUUAUAGCAAACAAUGUUUGAGUUAUGCUAGCAUACACAGUGCCUUGCAAAAGUAUUGAUACCCAUACAUCAUCACAUUUGAUCACAUUACAACUACAGCAUUCAUGAAGUUUCAUGGGGACUUUGGAUCCCAAAAUGGUGGGAAAACACCGUAUGGUAUUUAAAUUAAGGGAAUAUUACCAAUAUUCUUGAAGAAAAAUCUGGAAAAUGUGAUAUGUGUGUAAAGACACACCCCUCACUAAGUUCUCAAUAGAUACUAGAAUUACGUUUGACUGCAAAUCCCAAGGGUGCGUUUCUGGAGGCUUUGUAUAUCUAGACAUAGGGAAUGUUUCACAUUGAUCUGUGAACCUUAACCUUUAACCCUUGCCACAAAUUCUUAUUUGGGCUGUCCUCCCUGAAGAAUAGCAUUCCCACAGCAUGAUUCUCCCAGCACCAUUAAAGGGGCAGUAUUAUGUAAAAUAAACUUUUUUGAGCUUUACAUCGCGUUAUAAUGUUAUCCCUCAUCAAAAAAAUGCCUGGAGUGUUGGCUUGACAAAUUAAGCUCCAUGGCAACCACUCCUGGGGGAACCUAGUGCCACCUUUAAGAUGCAGCUCCUCCUAUGAGAUCAGCUCCUUCAGACUAGUCAGCAGCAAUUAGCAAACACCUGGUGGAACUGCACAUCUGCUGGGCUCAUAAUAGUAGCUGCUUCUCAGUGAAACGCUGGUAAACAACAACAACAAAAAAGUU